CUCUUCUUUCCAUAACUCCACCUCACCCCACGUAACGACCCGUAACGCCCCGAUCACCAUCAUCACCGUCAUCGUCAUUAUUCUUCAUUCCCUGUGUUUCCAUUCGCUCAUUCAUUCAACCCUUUCCACCAAAAACUGCCAGUCUCGUUCCACCACGGCGCGGAGUUUCAGGCCAGCCGUUUCGGUUCAACAGUUCCGCGAUGAACUCGUCCCAAAGUGCACAUGGCCUGCUGAGUUUGGCCGUUUUCCUCCGUCGAUGACAACAACCUAGCACAACAACUUUUGCGCCUACUGCGCUCCCCAGUGGUGUGAGUGAGUGCAACUCCCCGCCAUCACCACAGCCUACUCGCUUGCCGGGAAUGACUUUUUGCACCGUUCCGUUUCGUUGAACAGCCGGCCUGCAAGGUUUGGGCCGUUUAGGUUCCCCACUCUGCUCGACGACCACGGCGGAUCAGUUGGACGCGCGUAGCGGUACCUGUGGGAAGUGCUCCAACGUCGUGGAGGAAUUUCGAAGUUCGGUUGUUGUUGUUGCUGCUGCUGCUGAAAGAGUUGUUGUUGCGGAGUUUUUCGCAACGACCUCGCUCGAACGUGCGUGGUUGGAGGUCCGGAAUUCCCCGGGCGGGUCGCAUUCCCCGGCCAGGGAGGUCAUCCCGCAGAAUCCUGUGGGAAUGUGCCAGCGAAACGAAAGUUGAACCGAGGGAAGUUGUGCAAUUCUGGUGGCUUAGUAGGUGACGACGGGCUUGCCGUGGCAGGGGUCGGUCAACGGAAGUCAAAGUGUGCUAGGUGCAGAGUGUACGAGGGUGCCAAUUGCAGUGCGCGUGCAAAAGAAGAAGAGAGGGGCGGGCGGAGUUCGUCGCGCAAAUAGAGUCGUGCGAGAGAACGCAGCAAGCGCUGGGAUUGGUGGUGAGAAGAAGAGUUGCGUGGAGAGGAGGAAUGUGAGCUUCCUGUGUGUGUGCGCGAGCUGUUUCUGAGGGCGCGCGUGAGAGCAAGCAAAAAGUUUCGUGCGGGUAAUUUUACUCUAGAAGUUGCUGUUGCGCCUGCAUGCGAUUUGAUGUAAAAUUGCUGUUUGCGAAGGAAGGAAAGUGAGAAGUGUUGCGGAGCGGUUUGGUCUCAAAUAAUUAAGUUUGUCGAAAGGGGGAAGGGUUGUGUAUGGUCAGGCAAACAACCGGCGGCGAAGCGUGUGUGUGCCUGUGAGCUGAGUUUAAACAAAGUUUGGCGGGCUUGAAGAAGAGCAAUAGUUUCGGUAGUCAACACUGGAAGUGUUUCGGAAGAACUGUGAGUUUAGUCUGUGUGGGAGCGUUUAUGUUGUGUUGCGGAUUUUGCAGAGUUUGGAAAGCAGUUAAUUGAGUGGUUGUAAGCGGAAGGAUUUGAUUUGAGUGAGCGGACAAGCGGAAAAAAGACAAUACCACAUCGUUAGCCGAUCCUGAUGGCAGCCCCCGUUUAACGGCACUCAACUUUUAUUGAAAAUUUUAAACUCUUCCAAACGUUAAAAGCCAGUUACCAGUACGUGCAAUGUCCCGCGAAUCCACCCGAAGAUGAACUGCACCGCGUUGAACAGUAACCAGAUUGAAACGACGCCCAACAACCAUCCGCGGUUGGCCUCACCGACGGCCGCCGUCCGGACCCCCCUUGGCAGUGCCGGCAUCAUCGCCGUCCCGGGGUCCAACUCUAGACCGGGCGCGUCCUCGACCUCGUCUUCGGGGAUCUUCUUUCACCACACCAACAACCUGCUCGAUGUGCCCCGGCCAAACAACUCCGAGGAGGAAAACUCCCCGACCGAGCUGAACAACUGCCGGAGACUCGCGGAAAAGCCACCACUGGUCAAACGUCUCACGAUGGGCAUCCUCCGCACGGCG